AUGGAGCCGUUUGGUGUUAUGCGUCCUCCUAUCCUUGAUGGUGCAAACUACUCGGCCUGGAGGAUAAGAAUCCGACAGUACAUCAAGGCUAUCGACCUUAAAGCCUGGCACUGCGUCGAAGAAGGGUGGUCUGCCCCCAAGACCACUGAUGCCCAUGGUGAUGUGAUUUUGACACCACCUGCUCAAUGGAGUCGAGCUGAGUUCGAGGAGGCAAAUUUCAACGAAAAAGCUAUGCAUGCUAUCUAUUCUUUCGUGGACAUGAACAUGUUCAAUCUCAUAAAGAAUAGCACGUCGGCCAAGGAACAAUGGGAUAUACUCCAGAGACACUGCGAGGGCGACACAAGUGUCAAAGAAACAAGGCUGCGACUCCUGACCACUAAGUUCGAAAACAUGAAAAUGGAUGAAGGUGAAGACAUCAAGGAGUAUUCCAAGAGGAUACUCAGUGUGGCUAAUGAAUGCCGAGAGCUCGGAGAUCUAAUCAGCAAUCGGGUGCUUAUCUCCAAAGCACUACGAACGCUCCCACCGCGUUUUGAAAUGAAGAUUACUGCCAUCGAAACAAGUCAGAAUGUUGCAAGCCUGGACAGCCACACCCUUCAGAUACGUGAUCUAGAAGAUUCUGAAGAAUUGGAGAAGAUUCACGAAGGAGAUGAUGUUGCACUCAUCACAAGGAAGUUCAACAAUAUGGUGAGAAAACUUAGACGGACCAAAGAGAAUGAUCGAGAAGGAAGCUCACCAAGGCAUGAUUCCGCACCACCUAAGAGGAAUGACUUCACGCCCCCACGACCAAUGAGGAAAGUUGCCUCAACGACUGAAACUUUCAGCUCAAAGGAAGAAAAAGGAGAUGAUGAUGAUCCCGGUCUGUCAGCUUUCCAUGUCAAGUUUGGAAAAACCUUGUCUGACGAUGAGGAUGAUGAAGGAGACCAGCUGUUAAACAGGUAUGACACAGGGUUCUUUCCAAAUUGUCUGUGCUUUAACGCGUGUGUAGGUAACACGGAGGAAAGCAACGAAGAGACCAUGCUGGUUGUCAUAGAACUUAAAAAAUUCUAUGACGAACUACUGGGAAAAUGGAAAAAGCAAGGAGAGGAGCUUGAAGCAACAAAGGAGGAGAAUGUCAAGCUAAAAGGAUCGUUGGCAAAGCUUGAAGCCUCAAUCACACAAAAAAAAGUCAAGCUUGAGCAUGUUACAAGUCAGCUGGAGGAAGCUCAAAGCACCAUUGCCAAAUGGAAUUCAAGUCGGCAUAGGUAUGAUGAUUUUGUGUCUGCAGGAACUACGGACACCACUGGACUUGGAUACACUGCUGCACCCGCUGCUGAACCCACACCUGGAAAGACAAAGGUAAAAUCUACUCAUGGAAAGGAGUUUGUCGUGGAAGGAACUUCGGUUGGUCAGACACGACCACAAAGAAAGAGGAAGUUCAAUGACGAGAAGAAGAUCUUUGUCAACUCAAAGAAAACGAGAACCAAAGGGAAGAAAAAUCCACCACAAGCUAGUAGAAAAGUCUGGAAGUGGGUCAGAAAAGAUGAACUGAAAUGUAAUGUUGUGUUCACAGCACUGAAAACUAACAUCUCAAGUUCAUGGUAUUUCGACAGUGGAUGUUCUCGUCACAUGACAGGUGACAAUGGCUACCUUAAUAACUAUCAGGUAUGUGAUGGUGGAUCUGUGUCUUUUGGUGGUGGUUCGAAGGGUAAGAUCAUUGGUAAAGGCACCUUAAAUGUUUCCGGCUUACCUUGUUUGAAAAAUGUUUUCCAUGUUAAAGGUCUUAUGGCAAAUUUGAUUAGUAUUAGUCAACUAUGCGAUGAGAAUUUGCAUGUUAAGUUUAACAAGGACUCUUGUGAGGUUUUUGAUGCUCAAAAUUGUUGUGUAAUGAGAGGGCAAAGAUCUAGUGAUAACUGUUGCCUUGUCGAUGAUCCUAAGUGCAAUAAAGCCCAAAUUGAUGAAAGCCUGUUGUGGCAUCAAAAGUUAGGGCACACAAAUUUUAAGAAUCUUGACAGGUUGUCCAAGUUGGAAGCAGUCCGAGGUCUCCCAAAAAUCAUGCAAAAGGAAAAAGAAGUGUGUGAGAGUUGUCAAAAAGGGAAGCAGAUCCAUGCCACCCAUCGUGCUACCCAACAAGCUGAACAACAUUUUGGUACGACCCGAUGCUUUGAACUGGUUCACAUGGAUUUGGUAGGACCAGUUGGUGUUGAAAGUAUUGGAGGUAAACGGUAUGUGUAUGUCUUAGUGGAUGAUUUUUCAAGAUAUACGUGGACCUUUUUCUUACGUGAAAAAUCUGAAACUAUUGAUGUUUUCAAAACACUCUUUGCCCGGUUUACUAACAUGUUUGGUGCGAGAAUAGCAAGAAUAAGGUCUGACCAUGGACGUGAGUUCGAGAAUGCGGCUUUCACAAAUUUUUGUGAGAAGAAAUGA